AUGCAUUCAACCACAGUUUUCCGAGCACUUACUUCCUCGCUGUGCAAAUUACAGGUACGAUGCAUAUCAGAAACCGCAAAACUGCGUGUGUAUAAUUCGAUCGCAUUCGUCGGAUGCGCAGCAUUCCUGACGAUCCUGUCGUUUAUUCCUGCAUCUCGAGCUUAUGUAGCUAUUGCAUGCCUUGGACUUGCCGCUGGAUGCCUUGGCUUCACAACUGGCGGUUUCUUCAAAGCUGCGCCACUUAUAUCCAAGCAUUUCAGUCCUUUUGUUACUGGAAACAUUUCUUUAGGGAUAACGAUAACAAUGCUGGUGGUACCGGCAUUAGUAUGGGGACUGGCGCCAGAAAACGAUAUUUCCGGAUGGCAGAGGGUGUUCCUUACAACGGCCGGCGUACUCUUCCUAACAAAUAUUGCAUUUUGUAAGCUAUUUGAGUUCAUUAAAUUUCAUUCUUAA